CCUAACCAUUAAUAAAAUAAAAAAAAUACAGCCAGAGAAAAUCCCAUCUAUUGACAAAUUUUAUUUUCAUUUUUCCAUCUUCUUUCUCCUUCUCUCUUAAGGAAGAAAUACUCAGUUAAUGUUUUUGCAGAGUUGAUAAAAGAAUCAAACCUCUCCUGUUACCAGUCUGUUCUUUGCUGGAACCUUCUCUCUUUUCCAAGUACAGUUUUGUAAUAUUAUCACUUAUACAAAAACAAAACAAAAAACUCAAAAUCUGAGUUUUCAGUUUCUUGAUCUAUUCAUUAACCUCUGAUCCAUCCUUUCAUGGGACCGUUACUUCCCCUGGAUUUCUAGUCUUAAAAAAGGUUCUGAUUUGUUAGUUCAAGAUGGGUGUUCAAAAGUUAGUAACUGUGGUCUUGCUUUCAACCUUGUUCUGCAUCUGCCAUGGAUUCACACCUCAAGACAACUACUUAAUCAACUGCGGCUCACCGACCAACUCAUCCCUCACGGACCGUGUCUUCAUGUCCGACAAACUCGCCUCGAACUUACUCACCUCUCACAACCAAGAGAUCCUCGCGAGUCAAAGCACCAGCAGCUCAGACAUCUACCAAACCGCCAGAGUCUUCACCGAAGUCGCCACCUACAAAUUCUCCAUCACUCGUGGCCGUCACUGGAUUCGUCUCCACUUCAACCCCUUCACUUACCAAACCUACCAAAUGAAUUCAGCCAAAUUCGCAGUUUCUUGGCAGAAUAUUGUUCUCUUAAGCGACUUCAACGUCAAGAACAGAACAGUGAAAGAGUACUCAUUGAAUCUAAACACCAACGAUCUCGUCCUCACGUUUACUCCUUCUAGUGGCUCCUUUGCGUUUAUCAACGCCAUUGAGGUUAUCUCCGUGCCUGACUCGUUGAUCAGUUCUUCUCCUGCUCCUAGAGUAGUAGGGGGCACGUUUCAGGGGACCCUCUCAUCGCAGGCUUUCGAAACCCUUCAUAGACUAAACAUGGGCGGUUCUCUCGUCACUCCUAACAACGAUUCUCUCACGAGAACUUGGAAGCCUGACUCGGAGUUUCUCAUAGGGAAGAAUCUAGCUAAAACCGUGUCUAAAAUCCCAAGUGUUAACUUUGUUCCAGGGUAUGCAACAGAGGAGACAGCUCCGAAAUCUGUCUACGGUACUUGCGUUGAGAUGAACUCAGGGGAAGACGUCACUGCCAACUUCAAUGUCACUUGGGAGUUCGUGGUUGAUCCGGGUUUUCAGUACUUUCUACGGUUCCAUUUCUGCGAUAUAGUCUCCUCGUCUCUCAACCAGCUCUACUUCAAUCUUUAUAUUGACUCAAUGCUCGCUACCGCGGAUAUUGAUCUUUCGAUUUUCGUGGAUAACACGCUCGCUGGUGCGUACAACAUGGACUUUGUUUUACCGACGCCGAAGAGCAGUGACAAAAUGCUUGUGAGUAUCGGUCCGUCAAGCGUUCACGCUGAUUAUCCGAACGCGAUUAUGAAUGGAUUGGAGAUUAUGAAGAUGAAUAACUCUAAAGGUCAGCUAAGCGCCGGGGCGUUUGUCCCCGGAGGUAGUGGUGGUUCCAGCAGUAACCAUAAGAACCUUGGGUUGAUCGUAGGUGCUACCGUUGGUCCGUUGCUAGCGUUACUCCUCUUGGGAGGUUGCUUUGUGUUCUGUAAGAAGCAGAGGAAACGCGGACAAGACGGUUACUCGAAGACUUGGAUGCCGUUUUCGAUUAAUGGUACUUCGGUGGGGAGCAGAGGCUCACGUGGAACGACGCUCACGAGUAUCACUACGAAUGCUAACUACCGUAUCCCCUUUGCGACGGUUAAAGACGCUACGAACAACUUCGACGAGAGCCGAAACAUCGGUGUGGGAGGUUUUGGUAAAGUCUACAAAGGAGAGCUUAACGAUGGUACUAGAGUAGCUGUGAAAAGAGGCAACCCGAAGUCUCAGCAAGGGCUUGCGGAGUUUCGGACAGAGAUAGAGAUGUUAUCGCAGUUUCGUCAUCGUCAUUUGGUUUCUCUGAUCGGUUACUGCGACGAGAACAACGAGAUGAUAUUGAUCUAUGAGUAUAUGGAGAAUGGGACGGUGAAAGGUCAUCUUUACGGGUCGGGGCUUCCAAGCUUGACUUGGAAGCAACGGCUCGAGAUAUGCAUCGGUGCUGCUAGAGGAUUGCAUUACCUUCACACGGGCGACUCGAAGCCCGUUAUCCACAGAGAUGUUAAAUCAGCAAACAUAUUGCUCGAUGAGAACUUCAUGGCUAAGGUUGCGGAUUUUGGAUUGUCUAAGACCGGACCUGAGCUUGAUCAGACUCAUGUGAGUACCGCUGUGAAAGGAAGCUUCGGAUAUCUCGACCCUGAGUACUUUAGGAGGCAGCAGCUGACAGAGAAGUCAGAUGUUUACUCCUUUGGUGUUGUUCUCUUUGAGGUUUUGUGUGCUAGACCUGUGAUAGACCCGACGCUUCCGAGGGAGAUGGUGAAUCUUGCGGAGUGGGCGAUGAAGUGGCAGAAGAAAGGGCAGUUGGAUCAGAUCGUUGACCAGUCGCUCCGAGGAAACAUCAGGCCUGAUUCGUUGAGGAAGUUUGCGGAGACGGCGGAGAAAUGUUUGGCUGAUUAUGGUGUGGAUAGGCCGUCUAUGGGAGAUGUGUUGUGGAAUCUUGAGUAUGCGUUGCAGCUGCAAGAAGCUGUGGUCGAUGGAGGUGAACCGGAAGAUAACAGUACGAAUAUGAUUGGUGAGUUGCCUCCGCAGAUCAACAAUUUCAGUCAGGGUGACACGAGUGUUAAUGUUCCGGGGACUGCGGGAAGGUUUGAGGAAUCGAGUAUUGAUGAUCUCUCUGGUGUUUCGAUGAGUAAAGUGUUCUCUCAGCUUGUGAAAUCUGAAGGAAGGUAAAUGAGAGAAUAAAGCGAAAAGGAUCUGAGUCUUGUAACGAGGUGAAAAAGAACUAUCAGGUCUUUUGUCUACUCGAGAUGUUCUAUUUAUCAGUAGUGAUAUACAAAUAGUAGUUCAAAGGGUCUCCUCUCCUUUUUUUCCCUCUUCCUGAGUUUGUAUUUUGUUGCAGAUUGAUUGAUGGAUCAUUUGAAGUUGUCUAAAAUAUUUGUUUGUUCUUUGUUUCUAAGGAUGUUUUUAACAAUAUUUGUUGUUUCAAUUGUAUUGUUAAAGCUUAGAAGCUAAAACGUACUAGUUCUUCUUCUUCAUGUUCUUGUUUGGUUUGGUUUGGUUUGAGAAGGGGUUUAUUGCAUCUUAAAUCAUUUUCGA